AUGGCUGCGCCUAGUUUUGUUACGUACCAAAAUUUUUAAGUUAUCUGCGGUUUUUUGAAGAAUACAAGUGGUAAAAGACUAGUAUCGUCGUGUGCGAUAUUUUCAAAAGACCGCCGAUAUAUUGUGACGGCUUCGGAAAGUCGACCAACCCUCCUUCGUCUCCGCUUCAAAGCCCCUUCCCACUUUCCAUGGCGAUUGCUCCCUUCCUCUCUUCGAUCUAAAAAUCCCCAAAUUUUCAUCGGUCGCACAAUCUUAUAGGAAGAAAGACCCAAACCAGAGGGAAGGAAGACAGAAGAAGAAAACCAAAGCCAAUCCGGGGAAACCAAUCCGGGGAAAAACCCAGAAUAUUCGGCUAUGGCGAGGAGCGUCCGGUGGGCGAUCAGGGAGCUCCUCAGGAGGGGAGCAUCCGACCGGCCUCACCCCCACUUGUUGGGCCCAGGAUCCGCCCGUGGCGUGUCGUACAUGCCUCGGCCCGGCGACGGCGCCCCGCGGGCCGUGACUCUCAUCCCCGGUGACGGAAUUGGCCCACUCGUCACCGGCGCGGUGAAGCAGGUGAUGGAGGCGAUGCACGCCCCCGUCUACUUUGAGACCUAUGAGGUUCACGGCGACAUGGAGAGCGUGCCGGAGGAGGUGAUCGAGUCCGUCAAGAAGAACAAGGUCUGCCUGAAGGGCGGCCUCGCGACGCCGGUGGGCGGCGGUGUUAGCUCCCUGAACGUGCAGCUGAGGAAGGAGCUCGACCUCUACGCCUCCCUGGUCCAUUGCUUCAACCUGCCAGGACUUCCCACCCGCCACGAGAACGUCGACAUCGUCGUCAUCAGGGAGAAUACCGAGGGAGAGUAUUCAGGGCUCGAGCACGAGGUCGUCCCCGGCGUCGUCGAGAGCCUCAAGUUCUGUUCAGAGCGAAUUGCUAAAUAUGCAUUUGAGUACGCUUAUCUCAACAACAGGAAGCAGGUGACAGCUGUGCACAAAGCUAACAUUAUGAAGCUAGCCGAUGGUCUUUUCUUAGAAUCAUGUCGUGAGGUUGCAAAGAACUAUCCUGGGAUAAAGUAUAAUGAGAUUAUUGUGGAUAAUUGUUGCAUGCAACUUGUGUCAAAACCUGAGCAAUUUGACGUUAUGGUUACACCGAAUCUGUACGGAAAUUUGGUCGCCAAUACAGCAGCUGGUAUUGCUGGGGGUACUGGUGUGAUGCCUGGAGGUAAUGUUGGGGCGAACCAUGCCAUUUUUGAGCAGGGGGCAUCUGCUGGUAAUGUGGGAAAUGAGAAGCUGGUGGAGCAAAAGAAAGCAAACCCGGUAGCGUUGCUUCUAUCCUCUGCGAUGAUGUUGCGCCAUUUGCAGUUCCCAUCCUUUGCAGAUCGGUUAGAAACUGCUGUGAAGCGUGUGAUUGAAGAAGGGAAGUACCGGACGAAGGAUCUGGGAGGGAGCAGCACAACCCAAGAAGUGGUUGAUGCGGUAAUUGAGAAACUGGAUUAGUGACACUUGUCUCUUCUCUCUGUAGCUUGAUUUUUGAAUCUUGUCCGGAUUCUCUCCAUCUGAGAAUUUUUUGUGGUGUCUUUUUAUUAAUUAAGAUUUCGACUGUGCUCGAGAUCAUACAAGCCAUUCACAGUAAUAACGGAGUCAUUUCCAGAACGAAGUAAUAAGAUUUUUUUCCCCACAGAAUA